CCGAUGCCAAGAUGGCGGCGCCCAGCGGAAGGAGGGACGGCAGCAGCGCGAGCCUGUGGGCCGCCUUGCUCCUGGCGGCUGUGGCGCUGAGCUCGGCGGAGGCGGUGUCCGAGCCCACGACGGUGGCGUUUGACGUGCGGCCCGGCGGCGUCGUGCACUCUUUCUCCAAGAGCGUGGGUCCGGGGGACAAGUAUACUUGUGUGUUCACCUAUGCUUCUCAAGGAGGGACCAAUGAGCAGUGGCAGAUGAGUCUGGGGACCAGCGAAGACAACCAGCACUUCACCUGUACCAUCUGGAGGCCCCAGGGGAAGUCGUACCUGUACUUCAUGCAGUUCAAGGCCGAGGUGCGGGGUGCCCACAUCGAGUAUGCCAUGGCCUACUCUAAAGCUGCGUUUGAAAGUGAAAGUGACAUUCCCCUGAAAAAAGAGGAAUUUGAAGUGACCAAAACAGCAGUGGCCCACAGGCCCGGAGCAUUCAAGGCUGAGCUGUCCAAGCUGGUGAUCGUGGCCAAGGCAUCCCACAAUGAGCUGUGACCAGCAGCCCCAGCGAGGGAGGGCGGUGUUUCCCCAUCUCCACCGAGGGAGCCCGCAGCCCUGAGAGGGCUGGCGCAUUACAGGUUUUCUAGGGAGGCUUUGAGUUUUCUGACCUGGCUGAUGUUGCCCUGUUCGGAGGGGUUCACAGAGCAGCCUAGGCCCCCCAGGGCAGAGUCCAGGGGCCCAGAGGAUCUUCCCAGCCCCCCUUUUGACUCCCCCACAUCUUCCCUGUCCCCACUCCCUGCCACAUUCUUCUGAACUCGGGGUGCAAGUCUGAGACCCAAGGAGGGUGGGAAAUGAGGGGGGAUCGGGCUUUUCUGAAGCCAGCUUGUGUCUACUCAUGGGACCUGGCCAGGAGAGCGAUCAUAGUUCCCGCACCCCAAGCCAAAUACCCUCUGAGCGCCUCCAGGACUGUUUUCUUAACAGUUUACCCAGGGGACCUUUCAGAUUAACUGGGAAAAGAUGAAAUGUUCUUUCAUAUUUAAAUAAAUAAGAUGAUUAAAAAGCAGCCACAUAGACUGGGCCCUACCGCCUGGGCAUCUGUGUAGAGGCUGGGGAUGGCCACCCCCAGGUCCUUUCCCUGCUCUCCCUGACCUAGGGGUUAGUUUUGGUUAGUUUUUUGAAGCUGGAUUGCAUCCUGGUGACUUUUAAGAAAACAAAAACAGAUUAGAGCGUGCUGCUGAUAACACCAAGGUCCAGGGUUCGAUCCCUGUACUGGCCAGCCACGAAAAAAAAAAAAAAAUGAAAACAUCCAUAGGCAAACAAACAUAAAUAACUACAAGCCCCAAAAUGCCCCAGCCACUCUGAAGGGCCUUGGUCUCCCAGCAGCAGGACCUGGGAGUCUGACCCAGAGCUUCGACCUCCAGCCUGACCUCUGACUGCAUUCUCUCAGCAGCAAACCAGGAGAAAAGCAACCGUGUCACCCUCCCUGAGCUCCAGGCUACCUGGCUGGAAGGCAGGGGUGCCACUGACAACCAUGGCGUUGGGACUGAUGGCAGCUGGGAGGGGUGCUGCUGUCCCCCCCACUUCCCAGAAGAGAAACAGGCCAAGGUCCCACACCUGGAAGACACAGAGUGAGUCUCCCACCCAGUUGACACUUGCACCUGGUCCUGGUGCGGGAACUGGAAUAAUGUUAUCAGAACCAAGAGUGAAUGGGGGAGGGGGCUGGGGCUCUAGUCAGCCAGCCUUAACUUCCCAGCAUGUGCUCAAGUGCCUCCUGAAAAGGAAAGUUCUGAAGCUCAUCGAUGGGACAGGCCCCCUGACCACAGGGCUUUGAGCUCUGGGGAGCACCGUCAUCUGCCAGCAUUGUGGGGUUCCUUCCAGGGCCAGGAGCCUUUUCUGCUCUCAACUUGGAGGCUGCCCAGGACCCAGAGGAACCACCCAGGGCCUUCUACACAGAAAGGCAGUUGAAAACUGCAGGUGGACCAGACCCACAGCCUUGCUUUUUGCCCAGAAUCACUCGCCUUUCUGAAUCUACAACGCAGAGAAGGUGGUGCUUUGCACCAGCCCACAGUGGGGCAUAUGGGGACACACGUAAGCUUCCUUUCGUCCCACGUGUGCGCAUGCCUGCAUCUUCACAUAGCUUUCAGGUAAAUUCUAAAACAAAGCAACCUGGCCCCACGAUCUUUGGUUGUGAGGAGGAGCAGAAGCAGACUCGUGUUUGGGCCUGUAGAAGCCAGGCUCUGCAGCUCCACUAUCCUGUCGUCCCAGUGCCCAGAAGAGCCGAGACUGGACCUGUCGACAAGGGCCAUGCCGUGUGGCGGUAACAUGCAACUUCGAUUUAUUUAUUAUUUAUUGCCAUUUAUUUACUUAUUUUUUUGGUGGCUGGCUGUUAUCGGGAUCUGAACCCUUGACCUUGGUGUUAUGAGCACCAUGCUCUAACCAGCUGAGCUAACCAACCAGCCUGCAGCUUUGAUUUAUAAGGCAAAUGUUCUGAGAACACAAGAGAAAGCUGUCAGGCAGCACCAAGUGCUUUAAUCAGCAGGUCCACAUAAUGCAGUUGGAAGGAGUGUACUUUUAUUUAAAUAGUUCUGUAGUACUCUUUGGUUUCUUUUUUAAUUAAAUCUCACACUUAGAAAAGAGUCGAGACAGGCCAGACAGCCCAGCAGGGAACCAGCACAAUUAUGCACAUUGAUCUAUUCAGUCUGCAGAGCCCAGGGUGCGGGAUUUCAUCUGGGGUUUCUUGGGAAAACCAGAAUGCAUGUUCAUUCUUGAAUCUGAAGUUCUGUCUUUCGACGUAAGAGAAGAGAAGUUUGCCUUUGAAGACUAGGGCAGAGGUAGGAACAGCUGGCUCUUGGUGAAAGCCUUUGGCUUUUCCAGGGAAGCAGAAACCAAACCACAGAAAGGCUGCCUUGAAUCUGGAGUCAUGAUUUCCCAUCAGCCAGUGCAGCAGGCCAGGGAGAGGCAAAAGGGAGUGGUGGGGUCUGUGGCAAAGCAGUGACAGGGCAAUUCCUAGUAGCUUCACCAGGGGGCAGUGCAGGCUCAGGGGAGUUUUUCCAGGAGAAACUCCAAAUCUGGAUGUUCCAUGUAAUUUGCUCAUUUUAAUUUUAUUAUUAUUAUUAUUAUUUUUUGACCUGUAAGGGGAUCGCAACCCUUAGCUUGGUGUUGUCUGCACCAUGCUCAGCCAGUGAGCACACCGGCCAUCCCUAUAUAGGAUCCGAACCUGCGGCCUCGACACUAUCAGCACUGCACUCUCCCAAGUAAGCCACAGGGCCGGCCUAAUUUGCUCAUUUUUAAAUGUUGGCAGCUAAUUCCAAAUGUCUCAAAUACUGGAUGGAGCCAACCAAACCUGCCUUCUCACCUAGUAAGGCCUGCAGGCCUCCUAUUUGCAAUCUUUGCCCUGAACAGACAUGGUUCUGCAGAACAGUCAUCAGACCUUGUUCUCCCUGCACACACACAGGCACCCGAAAUAACCUUCCUGACCUGCAGCAGCGUUUUACAACCUUCUAAAACUCACGCCCCCAUCUGACAAAAAUUGCAAACACUCCCACACCCCACGUGGCCACACCCUGAGUUGAGAAUCACUGCAUCUUCUGGAUGUUGCC